AUGUCUAAAGUGGAACAAAUAAGGAAGGAUUUAGCUGAGAUCGGAACCGGGUAUGGGUUGAUGGGUUUAACCUGGAGAGAUGAUCCAGUUCCAAAGGAACAAGCUUUUGAAUGUAUGUUGAAAGUAAUUGAGUUCUCUAGGGCUAAUAAUCACAAGGCUUUCUUCAAUGUCGGUGAAUUCUAUGGCCCUAAAUUUAUAAAUUUAACUUAUGUUAAGGAAUUCUUCGAAAAGUAUCCUGAAACAAGAAAGGAGGUUAUUAUUAGUUGUAAAGGUGCCAUGAAUGUUCAAGAAUAUAAAGCGCUUUUGAAAUCUGAUGAAAUUAGAAAAAGUGUUGAAACAUGCACUAAACAUUUGGGUACCUUUAUUGAUAUUUUCGAACCAGCAAGACUAGAUCCUACUGCUUGUAAGGAGGGUGAAGCUGUCCCUGCAGAGACCUUUGACACGUUGGCUGCAUUGGUGGAUGAAGGUGUCAUCGGUGCAUUUUCCUUAAGUGAAGCAAAUGCUAAGGAGAUUACUGCUGUCCAUAAGGGUUGGGGAAAGUACCUUGUUUGUGUCGAACUUGAACUAUCGAUGUUUUCAUACGAAAUUCUUACCGAUGGUAUUGCUAAAGCCUGUAAUAAUGCUAAUGUCGCAAUUAUCUGUUAUUCACCAUUAGGGAAAGGGUUUUUGACAGGUGCUAUCCGUAAGAAUGACGAUCUGGACGAUUUCAGAAAACAUCUAAAAUAUUUCAAUGGGGAUGAUCUAAACAAGAAUCUUUCUCUUGUUAAAUUCCUGGAAGAUGAGAUUCUUGCGAAACGUGAUUCUUCCCAUACGGUGACGUUAGCCCAAAUUGCAUUGGGUUGGGUUGUUUAUUGGAACAAACAGAAAGAAUACAGUAAUACUAAGUUUAUUCCAAUUCCAGGUGGAACGACUAUUGACAAGCUUGUACAAAAUUUUGACGAAAAAAAAUGUACUAUUACUGAUGAUGAGUUUGCUAAGAUUGAGAAAUUUUUAGGUGGGUUUACUAGAUCUGGGAACAGAUACGAAUUUAUUACAAACCCAUUUCAAACGUAA